AUGGAAGCUACAGAACUUGCUGGGCCCGGCGAGCAGGGCCAGGUCCUGGCAGCGGCUCCCGGUGAUGCUGUGGGAUUUGGAAAGCACGGUGGCAUGACCUACGAAGAGGCAUGGAUCAAUGAGCCACAGUACUGCAUGUGGGUCAUGACCACUUUCAAGCAGCAAGUUAAAGAGGGGUCGGAGGAGGAAUCCCCUUGGAAGGAGGGUGAAAGGAUGAUGAAGCGAUUUGCCCAAUGGGUCACAGAGAAGGAGAGGGUUUGCCUAGCUGAUGGCCCAGCCUACGAGUACAACGAUGAGAUGGAACUCGUGGAAGUUCUCGCCACGCGUUCCUUAAAGGAUCGAGUGGGCCAACAGGAGAAGAAACAAAAGUUUUAUGGUGUGGCCAAGCCCCAAAAGCGCAUUUGCACCUCGUGGGAAGAAUGUAAGCAGUAUGUACACGGUGUCAAAGGGGUUGUGUACCGCAGCUUUGCCACCCGUGAAGAAGCAGAAGAGUUUGUGAACAACCCACCACUUGCAGUCACCAAGACCAGAAAGCAGCCACCAACGGAGGAGAGCAACGGAGAGGCCAAGAAGAACAAGAAGACCAAGAAAAAUCAGCAGAGUCGAGAGGAUUCUGCAGGCGACGAAGAGCCACAGCAGCCCGCAAAGAAGCGGCGUUCCACGCGGACGAAGAGCACGGCCGAGGUGCCAGAGAACAGUGAUGCGAAAUCAGAGAAAGAGUCUAAUGAAGAGGAUAUUGCUGCGACUGCAGAGGUGCCCAAGGGCAAGAAGAAGGGCCUCCUGGCACUUGCAAAAGCAAAAGCCAAAGCCGAUGCAAAGGCCAAGGCGAAAGUCAAAGCAAAAGCUGAAGCAAAGGGAACAGGAAAGACCACCUCGGAGGAAAAGCCGCAGUCCCCAGCAAAAGGAGAAGCCAAGGCAAGUGCCAAAGCCAAAGCCAAAGCCAAGACACCAAAAGCCAAGGUGCUUCAGCCUGUGAGCUCCGCUGACGCAUCUCCAGAGUCCCCAGCUGCAGCAGCAGCAGCAGCAGCACCCGCAGCACACGGCAUCAGCGAGCAGGUGCUGAUGGCGGCUGACAGCUGCGGCUUGCGAACUGCCCUGCGGAAUUUGGCUUCGCGGCCUGAGAUCGAAGCAUUAAAACUGGAUGGCCAUUGCUUGCUGCAUACAUUGAAAGAAUGCGAGGGUCUGGUCAACAAGGCCAAAGCGCAGCUGCUGGAGAAUGGUCCAUCGACUCCGCCCAAGAGCCAGAACGCUGAUGCCCAGGUAGAGACACCUGAAAAGUUGCAGGUGCCCAAGGCGCCGGUGCCGGAUCGAGAAUCCAAUGGCUUGGCCGAUGACAAGCAGAUGGAGAUUGAUCCUGCAGAGGCUCGUCAGAUCCAGGCUGCGGAUGUCCGUCCUCCGGUGCCGCAGGCAGUGCCUGAUGGAAAUUGUUGUCCGAACUGUGACACUCCCUUCGCAGAAAGCGGCAGCUUCUGUCGCUGCUGCGGCAUGGCACGACGGAAGAAGGCGUCGAGCACUGCGCCGCAGGUGGCACAGGCUGCGCUUCUGUCAUCGGCAACAAAGGUCAGCAAGGAGCUCCAGGAGAAAAUUCAGGCAAAUCGUGAGCGCGCCCUUGCCCGCAAAAGGCAGGCAAUGACUGCUGGAGCUGGUGCGUGA